AUGGAUUUAGAAGUUAAAGGAGUUGCCCCUUCUCCUAAGAGUCAAACUCAGUCAUUCUCUGAAAGAAAGAAGCCACUACAACAUGGCUGGACUUCCAAAUCCUGGGCAAUCCAGAAUGCUCCUUGCUUUCCUGUGGUCCCACGACUUGAUUUGGGAAGCCUUGUUGAUUCUGAUGAAGAGGAUGAUUUUUUAUGUAUUCCACUUAGUUCAGCACAUAUUCAUUUUGACCCACCAAAGUUACUUUCUGCUUUUGAGAGGGUCACACCAUGUCAAAUGCCAUAUACUCAGCAUAAGCUAAAUGAACUUGAACAGGACGUUAUAUCUGAAGAUUUGUCAGCACCAACAGGAAAAUAUAAACUAAAAUAUCAGCAAUACAAAACUGAAAUGGAAGAGGGACAUGAACAGUAUAGUCAGAGAAAUGUAGAAAAGACAAAAUCAAAUAUCACACAUCAACCAUCUCCAAGAAACAAGGUAGAUGACAAGUGUACACAAGGGGAAGGAGCAGUCCCGGAUGACCUUACAACUCUGGAUAGGAAAGCCCUCUUACAACAGCAGUACGCAGACAACCCUUACUGCGCACAGCAGAGGACGAGAAAAUCUGACGCCGAAAUUGUAGCUGCUGAGAAAAAGAAACAGACUGUUGAAGAGCAAGUGAUGGUAGACCACCUAUCUAGGCCUGUCAUCAGUGACCCAGAACAAAAUUUAUCCACUGAGAAACAAGAAAGUACUUUCAUCCUUCCAGAUUCAAACAUAGCACCUCUUCGAUUUAGGAAAAGAACACUACAUGAAACAAAGAUAAGAACGCAGUCUACGUUAACCGAAAAUAUGCUUUCUCAUAAAGUUCAGUUUGAGGCUAGGAUCAUAUCAAGAAAUGGACAUGAUGCUUGCAGAGAGCUGGUUGGGUUCUUUUUUAUUCAUGACCAGUCCCUUACAAUUUACGAAUAUCGGCAAUUUGGGAAAAAUAGGACAAAUGUGCUUCCUUUUAUUCAAAAAAACACUUACAGUCAUUGGUGUGGACGAAGAAAAGGAAAACAAUACCAACUUGGUGAUUUUUAUAUUGGUGCAAAUUUGACGUUUUUAAGCUCUGAUCAUCCCAGACUUCCAGAAAGCAUAAAAGAAAGCACAUUACUUAUACUUCGAAUCACAGAUAUUGAUCAGAUAGCUUUGGAUUCAUUCAGAACUGAUUCUGUGGAACAUGAGGAUGAUGUAACCAUUCAAGAAGCCAAUGAUAGGCUGGUCUUUAAAGCCAUUCAAGAUAAGCUAAAAAAACAGUUACAUAAAAAAAGUGUUCGUAUUUUGACUGGUUUGGGAAAAUAUUUUCAACAAUUGGACAAAGAAGGAAAUGGACUUUUAGAUAAAGCAGAUUUUAAGCAAGCUCUAAAAGUAUUUCACUUACAAGUGUCUGAAAAGGAUUUUGAGUCUUCAUGGCUAAUUCUGAAUGACAACGGCAAUGGCAAGGUUGAUUACAGAGAGUUCAAACGUGCAGUUAUUGGUGAAAUGAAUGAAUACAGGAAAUCAUUUGUUCGAAAGGCUUUUAUGAAACUGGAUUUCAACAAAAUUGGCAGUGUGCCUAUUAUAGACAUAAGAAAAUGUUACUGUGCAAAGAGGCAUCCUCAAGUAAUUUCAGGUCAUUCCACAGAGGAAGAAAUCAAAUUAUCUUUUCUAGAAACAUUAAAAGAUGCCUGCAGCAAGUCUGAUGAAGUGUCAUAUGGGGAAUUUGAAGAUUACUAUGAAGGUCUAAGUAUAGGAGUAGUAGAUGAUGAACACUUUGUUACUAUCUUACGUACUCCAUGGGGGAUUUAG